AUGCAACAAACUUUACCAUAUAGAAAUUGGUUUCCCUCCACCACCGCUACCACCACGACGAUCAGUGGUAGUUCAUCCGCCACCACUAGUGGUGGUUCCACCAAUUUUGAGUCACGUGAGAAAAACGAGAUGAACUAUGUUCGUGACAUGAGAUCACGAUACAAAAAUUCCUUCAUUACUACGAGUGUAGCGAAAUCCAUCUCGGAAAAUGCGAUAAUCGUUGUAGCGUUACGUGGGUGUUGCAUGUGCCAUGUUGUGAAGAAUUUGCUUCUAGGGUUAGGUGUUAACCCUACGAUUUUCGAAGUGAACAAUGAAGAUGAAGAUGAUGUGAAGAAGGAGUUGUCGAUAAUCGUGGGUGGCGGUGGUACGGGUGGUGGUGGAACAACGACGGCGUUUCCGGCGGUUUUCGUUGGUGGAAAUUUGUUCGGAGGACUAGAAAGAGUGAUAUCCACACAUAUUUCUGGUGAAUUAGUGCCAAUACUAAAAGAUGUUGGGGCUUUAUGGCUUUAAAUAAUUUUUACUUACCUAGUCAAUUAUUAUUCUCUUU